AUUCUUAGUGGAUCUUUGCCUUUGGUUUGACCACUCUACUGAUGACUUCUAAUGAGAGAUCAUUGUUGCUCAAGAGGGUUUUGGCUAUUUCUCUCUGAGGCUAACCUGUAGCCUUAUGUAUAAAGACUUAAGUUUUUUACCUAUCUCAGCAUUUGUUCUUUUGACCUAAUUAAGAAGAAUAAGGAAGGAGUCUAGAAGCUCCAUCUUUGUUGAUUACCUGAGAAUAUGCCGAUUACUAAGGUCCCUGUAAUAAACAGAUUUGGAGUAAUAUCAACUUCCUAUCAUGAAGAGCUUUUGAAACAUAGAUCAAAAAACUUAACUGAACCACAUAUUGAACUGUCAAAAAAACCUUUGUCAAUCACAAAAGAGUUCAUCAAGAAAUUCAAUGACACAGAAAAUCUAGAAGAUAAGAAGUACUUACAGGACAAGGCUAGAAAAAUGCUAUUAAGAUGCAAGAGAAGAUUAGGACUCAACAGCUUGGGUGAGGGUCAUCAUGUAGAUCUUCCUACUGGGUGGAUUGAGGCAAUUUAUUUAGCUCAGUGCAAAGGACAAAUCCAGGAAGAAGCCCUAAAUAUGCUUUGUACUUCUUUGGAUCAUGCUUCCUUGAAUUGCAGUCACCUGCCAGCAUUAUUUUUCAUUGCUGAAUCGGUUUUGUAUAGAAUCUGCUGUGAUGCAUCCCAGAAAUCAUUUUUAUAUGCAAGUGAAAUAAAAUUGAUAAAGAUUGGAUUUUUGAUCUUUCUACGGCUCUUUGUUUAUCACCUACAUGGUAAUCUUGAAGGUUUUGAAGAACACUUCUUUAGACUUGGACCAUAUUUAUAUGCACUUAAUUUUUGUGAAUUCACCUACUACAAGUAUCCCAACAUCCUUUUAAGUACAUAUUUUAUAAGGAAGACUGGUGAAAUCAUAUGCAAUCAAAAAAAGCUGCCUGAAGUACCUGAAAUCUCCAUUACACAGGAGAAGAAUCUGGGUUAUCCUGACUUGAUAAACAAAUCUAAGCCUUAUUUGAAAAAACAGGAAAUAAGCCAUCUUCUCUGGCAUUGCGUUGUUGUUUGGUCUUGUGUAAAGAACCAGCGGCCUCAGUUAAAAGAAGUACUGAAACAUCUUUUCAUACAUAAAACACAGCUUACACAACAAUUCUGGUUGGAUUCAAUUCUUGGUUUGUUCGUCCUUGGGGAUGCUGCAAAAUUAAACUUGUCUUGCUUGAAGGUUUUCAUGAAUAUUGGAAAAGAUUUUAUUUCAAACUAUAUGACUCCUGAGAGGCAGGAAGAAAGCAAAUACAUUGACUGUUCAUGGCGGUGGAUUCUAGUCUAUAUAUAUAUAACUAUUCUUGGAGACAUCUGUCUACAUGCAGCCACAUCCAAUUUGCGGAAAAUUGCUUUCAUGGGCUUUGAUGACUAUGAAAACCUCUCAAAAUAUCUAGAACUGGGGAACAAAAAAUCAAAAGAGCAAGUCAAAUUGAAGGCAGCAAAUUUUUUAGACCUUUUAAAGUACUUUUCUUCACAAAUGACAUAUUACUGUUCUCAAAUGACCUGGACUUCUUACUAUGGCUUAAUAUACACUCUAGUGAAGAUGACUCGAGAACUCUAUGGAGAUGAAAGACAAGAUGGACUAGGAAAUAUAUUAUGGAAAACUUUACAGAGAGUAAAAAUGGAUGAGAAGGAUAUGCGAGUUUUGAAUGCUAUUGAUAUAGCUGAGGCUGAGCUAAAUGACACUAUAAAUCCUUUUAUUUCUUCAACAAUAAGAGCUCCAAGGAACCCAACUUUCUUCCAACAUAUAGGAGGUAAACUGGCCAGUGCACUUUCCAAACUGCUUUUACCACCUCUUGGCACAAGUAGUCUUCUCUUUAAGAGACAUAAAAAGGAGGAAAAGUCAUUGAGUUAUCAAAUACCUCAAUACCGAAUGGAGAAGAAAUUUAUUCACAUAUUUUUAAGGGAAAGACCUCAGGUAGGAGAAAUAAUCUAUCCCUAUCCAGAUGUCAUUAGCAGAGGAGAUGCAACAUUGAGAGCUCUCAUUGAAAACCAGUGGAAGAAGGAUGAGGAGCUGAGAAUUCAAUUAGAAGAUCUAUAUCUGGCCCAUUGUAAGAAACAACAAAGAAAAGAGGAAGUAGAGCACUUUAGAGAAAUGAUGAAAAGAAGGGAAGAAAAAGUACAUAAGACAACCAAACCCUAUGCACUAUCUGGGCAUACUUCCUCUGAGGAAUCUGAGCCAAAGACUGAUAGAAGUUCGUCAAAUGAGUCAAGUGUGGAAGAGUCAUACUGCAAAGGAAACCUUUGCAGUGAGUGAUUUGGGAACACUUAAAUGUCAUUAUCACUGUUGCAAGUCAAAUUUCUUACAGGUAGUAUCUCAAUUCUUGUUAAUGAGUCUUUAACAAUGACACCCGAAUAUAAAUUUUUCAUUAUAAUUUUUUUAGGAGUUCACUUAAUGUUUCUCCAAUUGACUAUCAACGCAUAUUCUUUCAGUAGAUUUUGUUCACAUAAAAUCAGAAGUGGUUAGUAUUCAUGAUACUUAUGUGUUGAACAAUCAUAAUUUUGUAAUAAGCCACAUGUGAAUUAUCUCUUAAAAAUAAAAGGAAAAAAUAGCAUUGCUCUUAUGAUGAAAAAUAAAAGAAUAAAAUAUCUGACUCAUA